CCUCUGAUCGUGUGUCCUCACCCGGCCACCUCCUCAUCCAGGAUGUCCCAGAGAGCCCCCUCCACGGACAGUGCCAAAUCAGCGCAGGGUGAGGAGGGAGGUAAGAAGUCGGUGCUGAAGAAGACCCCCUCCACCACCUCGCAGACCUCUCAGGACACCCCCACCAAGAAGACCAAGAAGAGCAAGAAUGAGAAGCUGUACAACAGCGUACUCAACACAGUCUUUGGACAGGACAGAGAGUUGUCCCAACCAGAACUAGAUGAGCUUGAAGGAGCCUUCAAGGAGUUUGACUAUGACCAGGACGGCUACCUGAACUACAAGGACCUGGCGGAGUGCAUGAGGACCAUGGGAUACAUGCCCACAGAGAUGGAGCUGCUGGAAAUUAUACAGCAAGUCAAGAUGAGAUUGGGGGGACUGAUGGACUUCGAGGACUUCUGUGAACUCAUGGGUCCCAGAAUUCUGGGGGAGACCGCUGACAUGUUGGGCUUAAAGGAACUGCAGAGCUCCUUCCUACAGUUUGACACGGACAGCGACGGUAAGAUCUCGCAUGACGAGAUGAAGGAGGCGUCCAAGUCGCUGCUGGGUGAGAAGCUGAAGAAGGGCGAGCUUGAGGAGAUCCUCAAGGAGAUGGACAUCAACGGGGACGGCACUGUGGACUUCGAUGAGUUCGUUAUGAUGCUCUCUGUACCAUAGACACUCUGGACUGCUGCUGUCAGUGAUGGGAGGUUGUUUACUCUACAGUAGGAGCGGGAAAGGAUCUGCACACUGCUUGCAAAAGACUUAGUUGGAGCAAUGUUUCGAUCACAGAUCUUGUUCAGGCAUCUUGAGGCAGGUUGUUUACGCUACACAUGA